AUGUCGCAGUUCGGGCCCGCCGAGCUGGUGUCGGACUAUGGGGACUUCGGUAGGCCGCAGGCCUUACGUGAGGCGCUGCAGAGCCCCCCGGGCGGCCCCCGCCUCUCCCUCAGCCCGGACGGACGCUACCUGCUGGUGUGGCUGGGCCCCGAGAGGCGGCUGCUGUCCUUCCUCCACCUCCCGGCCGCCUCUCCUUCCCCUCCCCAUCCCGGGGACUACCUGGAGCACAGCUGGCCGGCCCAGUCCCCCCCCCUGGUGGGUCUCCUCUUCCUGCAGAGCCCGGGGCAGGCCUGGUCUAUGGCCCUCGUGUGGGAGAACGGGCGGGCCGAGGUGUGGAGCCCUCCCCGGGGGACCUCCGACAAAUCCUGGACCCUCCUUGGGAGCGCGGAGCUGUGUCAGGGGCCCCGGGCCCGUGUGGCCUCCGUCUGCUGUUGCCAAGGCGACGAGCUGUUGUGGUGCGAAGAAAGAACCACCUCCAACCUCCUGACCUACUGCCUGUGCCGCCGGAGCCUCCGAGUCGUUGGCCGGCGGGUCUCCCUGGGCGCCAUGACGAUCGUCCUGCACCACAGCCCACCCUACCAAGUCAUGGCGGCCGCCGGACGCGUCUUCAUGGUCCCCCGCGGGGCCGGGCCGCAUCCCGUGCUGGUCUACGCCCCCGUCGAGGCCUCCAUCACCCUCUCCAGCCUCGCCGCCGGCGUCCUCCACAGCAAGGCCAUGAGCGAGGCCGACACGGACUACAAAAAAGCU